AUGAAGCUCGUCGCCAACGUCAUGCACGAUAUAGACGGAAACUCGCCAACCCCCUCACCCCCUCACCCUCGAACUCGUUCCCGCGUUUGUCGGCAUACGACAAUCUUCACGCGCAACAGCACUAGAACGCGGAGCGCAAAACACGUCGUCUUCGCCGCCGCCAUGCUCAACGAAACGCUCCCCGCGCUGGCGGCGCGCGAGUUCCAGUGCCCCGUGCAGGGCCAGCCCGACCUCUACGGCCUCGGCAUCCGCGUCGGCAUCUACAUCCAGAUGCUGGCCGUGCAGGUCUCCGCCCUGCUCAGCAUGGUGCUCCGCCAGGACGACUGGCUCGGCGAGGGCGUCGUCAUCUUCAUCCUCGCCGUCGGCAGCGUCCUCGUCAAGCUCAUCGUCAACCGGCAGAUCCUCGCCGUCGAGGCCGCGCCCAUGAUGGCGCUGCUGCUCGCCCAGGUCGGCGUCUGCCGCUCCGUCGGCCAGAUGGGGCUCGUGCUCGGCGUCGUCUACGCCGUCGAGCUCUGCGGCCUCUCCGCCCUCUUCGUCUGGUUCUGGUGGCACGGCAUGGACGUCCUCGGCCACUCGCCCUGCCCGGACGACAAGGCCUUCUUCUUCGCCAGCGUGAGCCUCUGGGGCUGGUUCCGCACCAUGAACAAGGUCUUUGCCAUAUUCACGGCUAUUGGCGCGGGCAUCAUGGCCAUCAUGUAUAUUUUCGGAUACUCAUUGUUGUUGGGACAGUAUUCGAUUUACUGGAUCCAGCGACUGCGCGGCCGGAUAGGGCCCUUGGCCCAGGGCAAUGCCAACCAGCAGCACAAUUUCGACGACGACGACGACAACGACUGGAACAUUGACAUCGGGCGGGCCUUUGAGAUUACCGUCAACAUAGGUGUCAUUGCCUUUGUCGAAAUGACGUUGAAGUGGAACAACAUCACCGGUGUCCACUCGUUGAGAGACCCGGGCCAGUUCAUGCCGCUCAUGAUUGCCCUGGCGCAGCUCCUAGCAAUCAUAUACCAGGGUGCGUCUCGCUUUGCUCACCUCGUAGCCGUCGAGGACGAGCCAGGCUUUGACGGUGAGAGCGACGAGACCGAGUGUACACACGAAGACAGGAUUCUUAGACGCCGAAGAAACAAUGCGGAAGCCGACCAGGACGGCGUCGAGUUGGCGUGA